AAACGGUUUCAAUUAUUGAAUUAGUAGUGCUGUUAAUAUAGCUUGGAGCAUAUUAUUGUCUAUUAAAUCGAAAAAAUCAAUAAUAAUUAAAUUGAUGAAAGAAAAGAAAAGAAAAAUCGUACUAGUACAAAUAUUGCCAUCUAGUGAUCAACGACAGUACUCGAAAAACAUAAAUUUUUGGUCUGUAUGGCUAUAUAGUUGUGGCGUUUUAUUGAGUAUUUAUUGAGAAUAAGUUUGAUGAAGGUAUUGAUAUACCUGAAAAUUUUUUGUACUGUACCUUAGUUGUAGAUAGAGCUCAAUGCAAAAAUUGAUUUCCAAAAUAAUAUGAAAAUGAUGAAAGAAACCUAAAACCUAAAGCGCUGUGGGACAUCUAACAAAAACAACAGUGAUUUGAAGGGUCUAUUUUGUACUUCAUCUAUGGUGCAACUAUAUAGUUAAUUGUGUACCGUUAAAUAUUAUCUUUAUCUGUUUACACACCGGCGUGAAACUACACUAAACGUGGAAUUGGCGUCGUAUAGCUUAGGUAUUAACAGGAUUCAUUUUGUGAAAAAUGGAUAAUUAUCAGCAUUCGUAUACUGCUAUAAACAGUAAAUUUACAAAGCAUGGUAAUAAAGAAAGAUAUCGAAGAAAUAACUAUAAAUAUGAAGAGAAUCAGUUCUCUAAUUCGAGCUACAACAAUGUUGACUAUGAAUCUGAGAAAUUUAUUAUACAUAUUAGCAGUGAUAAAGUAGGAAAGUUAAUUGGUAGAAGUGGAGCUAAUAUUAAAGAUCUCCAAAGUAAAACAAAUACAAAAAUUCAAAUUGACAGGUCAACAGGAAAUGACACUACAGCAGUGACAAUAAUUGGUUCCAAGGAAGCACAACAGCAUGCUAGCAAUGAAAUACAAGAUUUAUUAAAAGACUCUUUAUACUUAUCAUUAGAUGAAAAGAAUGAGCAUAAAGAGCAAAAUGAUGAACCAAAGAUUGAUUUUGCUGCAUUUGAUUGGAGUAAAGCUGGUAAAGAAUGUGAUGAGUACAGACAACAAAAAUGGGCAAAAUAUGCCCCUAUUAUUAAAAAUUUUUAUAAAGAGCAUCCAGAUGUUGCUAAGAUGACAAAAGAACAAGUAGCCCAUAUUAGAAAAACAAACAAUAAUAUAGAAGUAAGAUAUAUGUUUGAAGAACAAGAAAAGAGUUUAGAAGAAUUUGACAUACCAAAUCCUAUUGAAACAUUUGAACAAGCUUUUGAGGAUUACCCUGAAAUACUAGAGGAAAUAAGAAAACAAGGAUUUACUAAACCAAGUCCAAUACAGUGUCAAGCUUGGCCUGUUCUUCUCAGUGGUAAAGAUCUUAUUGGAAUUGCACAGACAGGCACAGGUAAAACUUUGGCAUUUUUGUUGCCUGCCUUAAUUCAUAUUGAAGGACAAGAAACACCAAGAUCAGAGCGGAGUGGACCUAAUGUUCUUAUUAUGGCACCCACCAGAGAAUUAGCACUACAAAUUGAAAAAGAAGUGAAUAAAUAUUCUUAUCAUGGUAUAAAAGCGGUAUGUGUUUAUGGAGGUGGCAGUCGCAAAGAACAAGUCAAUAUAGUAACAAAGGGUGUAGAAAUAGUUAUUGCAACUCCUGGUAGACUAAACGAUCUUGUUGAGGCAAAUAUCUUAAACAUCUCGUCAGUUACCUACCUUGUAUUAGAUGAAGCUGAUCGUAUGCUCGAUAUGGGAUUUGAACCACAAAUUAGGAAAACUUUAUUAGAUAUAAGACCAGAUCGACAGACGGUUAUGACGAGUGCUACAUGGCCUCAAGGGGUUAGACGUUUAGCUCAAUCAUACAUGAAAGAUCCAAUUCAAGUAUUUGUUGGAUCUCUCGACUUAGCUACUGUACAUACAGUAAUGCAAAAAAUCUAUAUCAUUGACGAAGAAGAGAAAACGAACAUGAUGUAUCAAUUUUUUCGUGAAAUGUCUCCCACCGAUAAGGUAAUAGUAUUUUUUGGGAAAAAAUGUCGAGUUGAUGACGUGGCGAGCGAUUUAGCUUUACAAGGUGUUAAUUGUCAAAGCAUACAUGGAGGAAGAGAGCAAUGUGAUAGAGAACAAGCAUUAGAAGAUUUAAAACUUGGUGAAGUACAAAUACUUCUUGCAACGGACGUUGCCAGUCGAGGCAUCGAUAUCGAAGAUGUUACACAUGUAUUAAAUUAUGAUUUUCCACGAGAUAUUGAGGAAUACGUUCAUCGAGUUGGUCGGACCGGUCGUGCUGGACGUACAGGAGAAAGUAUAACAUUUAUGACAAGGAAAGAUUGGUCUCUUGCGAAAGAAUUAAUUAAUCUUUUAGAAGAAGCUAAUCAAGAAGUACCUGAAGAACUGUAUCAAAUGGCUGAUAGAUAUGAAGCACGAAGGGAUAAACGAGAUUUCCCUCAUAGAAGAGGCAACAGAAGAUAUUAAUUCUAUAUUCACAUUCGUAAAUUUAUGUUCCUAAUAUUUGUAUAAGCGAAAAUGGACAGAAUUAUAAGCAGUUCCGUUUGAUGUUUUUUUUUUUA